AUGGAAAAAGUCGAAGAAGCGAAACACGUCUGGUCCCAGCUCCCAGCUCCUCAAAGAGGUGAAAUAGUCCGUCAAAUGCGUAAUGCGCUGUUCGCCAAACGCGAAGACUUGGAGGAUAUCGGAGAAGUACAGGAAUACAUUGACAUGGCCGACUAUGCUGUCGGUUUGAGUCGGAUGUUUAGUGGAAAGAUAUUACCGA